AUGCCUCCCCGCAAGAAAGCGAAGCGCGCACAUUCCGCUACGCCGCAGGAUGAAGCUGCGGCGCAAUCCAGUGCGAAUACACCCGGCUCAAGCGAAAGCGCCGGAAAGCCAGAGCUCGAACACGAUUUCCUCUCAGAUCCUUGGACGGAUGAGCAGGAGACUGCGCUGUUGAAAGCAAUCAUCAAGUGGAAGCCAGUUGGCUUGCACAAGCACUUCCGCAUGCUCGCCAUUGCAGACUACCUAAAGAGCCAAGGAUUCGGUCCCUCUACGGCAGAUCAUAUGCGCAUCCCGGGUAUAUGGAAGAAACUAGGCACACUCUAUAAUCUCGAAGCUCUCGACGAACGGGAGAACUCUGUAAUCACAGGCACUAACGAUGAUGAUGAAGACAAUCAUGACAUGUACUGCCCUUUCGAACUCCCGUACGAUGAAUAUGGCGAUAUGAUGUUCGAAAGACGACUAGCAGCAGAAGGAUCCUCCUCCCCCGAGACUAGCCGUCACGCCGAGUCGCGUCGGGGCAGCACUGUAGCGAACACAGACGAGCCUCGUUCCUCUCCGGCUCCCUCACGAGGUCGCAAGUCCACCCGCGGUACCCGCUCGGCUGCGCGCGAAACACGAUCUACAAAGCUAGCUGUUGAGGUUGACUCUGGAAGUCAGGGCGAGGCAUCCGAUGAGGAUGGAAAGUCGGAUGGAGAGGAUACGGGUGCAAAUGAUGAAGGCGAAGAAGAAGGCGAUGAGGGCAGUGAUGGGAAGGAUAGCGAUGGCGAGGAAGAAGAAGCCGAGGAGGAGAAGGAGGAAGAAAAGGGUGGUUCACGAAGCACACGGGCAAAGGCGUCAACGUCAAAGUCCAAGCCAAAGGACAAGAAAGCUUCGACGAGUACGGGCACUCGAAGGACCGCCCGUAGACGUUGA